AUGACAAUCUCACGAGGUGUUUAUAAUCAGCUCUUUGAACAAGCACCUGAUGCAACUGAUGGUAGUAAAGAAAAAAUAAUUCGUCUACGUCCUACAGAAGCCAAAGCAGGUGCUAUAGUGAUGUCAGCAAAGAGUAAAAUUCAAAUGUGGACAAAAGAAGAACAUGAUCGAUUCCUUGCAGCCUUGGAAAAAUUUCCUGCUGGUCCAUGGAAGAAAGUGGCGGAUUAUAUUGGUACGAAAACACCUCGACAGACGAUGACUCAUGCUCAAAAGUAUCGUCAGAAGAUUCAUCGUCGACAGAGAGGUUUGCGUAAUCAGAAGAAGAACGUGAAGAAUGAGAAUACUCUUGAUAAGACGACUACAAACAGCACUGGAUGCCCUGCAUUACCAAUGGACACGAAGGAAGGUCUGAAGGUCGAGUCAAACACUAUUGUAUCGCCCUAUGGUGUGGCUGAUUUACAACUCAAACCAGGCGCAAAAGCUGCUGUGGCUGCAGUAGCAGGUGCCACCAAUGAUCAAUUACUGACCAUUUUGGCUCAGCAAGCCACGACGAUUCAUGAUAAACCAGAGUCGAUGGAACUUGAUCAAGGGACAAUGGAGGUGGACCUCUUAGUCUCGCCUAAGGCUACAGCUGUGGACGACAAUGACGGUUCUGCUAACAACAACUUGCCCUCGCUGGCCGAGAUUUUGCAUUUAGGUGGUGGUGAAGGACAGACUGCGGCUACUUUGGAGACCCAAGAGACCACACAGUCAGUAGCCAAGGACAGUAGCGAUCCAACGGCUGAGACCAAGCUGAAGGUAGAAACAGUGACCACUGAGACGAAGACUGAGACGCAGAUCCGACCGAAAGACUGCAAGUGCAAGUGCAGUUGCAGCUUACACGGCAAAGAGAACGUGAAAGUGAAUGCGACGACGACGCAGACCGAGUCGGAGGAAAGCUAA